AGGAAAGGCAAGCUAUCGGCCACAUGCGGAAUUUUAAAGAUGGCGGCCUCCACUCAUGAAAAAAAUGUGGCUUCAUUUCGUGGUAUGGGUUUAGAUGAUCGCGUCCUUAAGGCCCUUGCAAAGCUUGGCUGGUCUAGUCCUACUCUGAUUCAAGAGAAAGCUAUACCUCUUGCCUUAGAAGGAAAGGAUAUACUGGCCCGGGCAAGGACUGGAUCUGGCAAAACAGCAGCCUAUGCUAUCCCUCUUGUUCAAAAGAUCCUAAGUUCAAAAGAGACAGCUAGAGAACAGGCAACUCGAGCUUUGGUCUUGGUACCCUCCAGGGAACUCUGUUCACAGGCCUAUAGGAAUUUACAGGAGAUCAGUAAAUGUUGCUCUAAAGAAAUCCGAUGUGCUGAUGUCUCCGGUCAAGUGGAUCUGUCAGCCCAGAGACCCCUUCUUAUGGAGAGACCGGACAUAGUUCUCGGCACACCCAGUCGGAUCUUGGCCCACAUCCAGGCCAAGAACUUGUCUCUACAGAGAUCCCUUGAGAUGCUCGUCAUCGACGAAGCAGACUUAGUAUUUUCCUUCGGCCAUGAGGCGGACAUGAGGGCACUGCUCUCUCAUUUCCCAAAGAUUUAUCAAGCCAUAUUGAUGUCAGCUACGUUAAGUGAAGAUGUAAAGACCCUCAAGAAAUUGGUCUUACACAAUCCAAUAACACUCAAACUUGCAGAAUCUCAACUUCCAGAAGCAGACCGCCUAAGCCAGUAUCAAAUAAGGUGUAUAGAAGAGGACAAAUUUCUACUCAUCUACACACUUCUGAAACUCAAGCUAAUCAGAGGCAAAACCAUCAUCUUUGUCAACUCAAUAGACAGGUGUUACAGACUGAAACUGUAUCUCGAGCAGUUCUCAGUAGCUGUGUGUGUACUGAACUCAGAAUUACCGGUGAAUUCAAGGUGCCACAUCGUAAACCAGUUCAAUACUGGCCUUUAUGACAUCAUCAUAGCCUCCGAGGAAUCUAGUCUCUUUGAAGGACGGAAAACGGAUGAAACAGAUGAGAAGAAAGAGAGGAAAGGAAAGGGUCACAAAGGAAAGCAAAAGAAAGAUAAAGAGUAUGGAGUGUCAAGAGGGAUUGAUUUCCAGAAUGUCUGUAAUGUUAUCAACUUUGAUUUCCCUGAGAGUGUCAAGUCUUACAUCCACAGAGUGGGAAGGACAGCAAGAGGAGAAAAGAUGGGAACAGCGUUAUCAUUUGUAAAUGAGGAUGAGCAAAAUCUUCUUGAUAAUGUAGAACAAGAACUUGUUGGAGAUGAUGGAACACCUUUAGUCAAACCGUAUCAGUUCAAGAUGUCAGAGAUUGAAGGAUUUAGAUACCGUGCCAAGGAUGCAAUGCGAGCAGUGACAAGGGUAGCAGUUCGCGAAGCCCGGGUGAAAGAGAUCAAACAAGAGAUCUUCAACUCCAAGAAACUCAAGGCCUUCUUUGAGGACAACCCAAGGGACCUACAGCUGUUGAGACACGACAAGGUGUUGCAUCCUGCCAAGGUCCACUCAGAUCUCAAGAAUGUACCAGAAUACCUUGUCCCCAAGGCAUUGAGAGGUACCAUACCAACUACAAGCAGACGGAGAGCUCCAAAGAGGACAGCGGAGGGCACUGUGGGACAGAAGAAAGAGUCUAGGAUAGCCAAAAUGAAGAGGAAAACUGAAGAAGAUCCACUGAAGAGCUUCAAAUACAAGGGAAAGAAAUGACAUCAAGGACCAAUAUGAUACUGAACCCAGGUGGACCCUUGUUAAGUGAGCCAUUAAAAGAACUUUGUAGGACCAUGUGCAUGGAGCAUGGAGAGCUGCAAUGGUAUCUCCAAUCAGACUCUUGUAUAUGGAACAUAGUGAACUACUCUUAAAUAUGCUUCUGGACGACAACAUAGGAGUGUCAUCUUUGUACAUCAAUGCCAUCAAACGGGCUAUCUACAGACUUGGUGAUUUCAAGUCCGGUGUUGGCGUUGGUGUUGUAAUUUGGAUUGCUUCCCCUAGCUCCAAAACCUAUUCUUAGUUUGUAAAACUGAUCCAGAUCACACUAUUGACAUCCUAACCACUAGUGAGUGACUUUUCAGGACCAUCUUCAUUCUAUGUUUGGUGUAAUACUCGUGUUAAAAUUGACCUAACACCAAAAGGUCAACACUGAACUUGAAAUCCCCCGUUGUGACUUCAGAAAGAAUUCAUCCCGUCUCUCAAUAUCUCUUCUCUCUUUCUUUGUCUGUCUGUCUCUUUCUGUUUCUUUCUGUUUCUCUCUGUCUCUUUCACUUUAAUCCUUCCUCCACUUAUUGUAGAAUGUAUUACACUUAAAUCCCUAGUUGUGUUUGGUAAAUAACGCAUUACUGAAUCAUUGAGAUCACGCUCAUGAGAUGUACUUUACUCUCUAUUCAUCAACGACAUUGCACUUGUGAUAUCAUUGGCACCUAAGCAUGAGUUUUACUCACACUUUAAAGGGGAAUGAAGCCUUUGGAAUAAGUAGGCUUGUAUCGAAACAGAAAAAUCAAAGAAACAUAUCAACGAAAGUUUGAGAAAAAUCGAACAAACAAUGAGAAAGUUAUGAGCAUUUGAAUAUUGCAAUCACUAAUGCUUUGGAGAUCCUCCCAUUGGCAAAGCGACAAGGAUGUGUGAUGUCACAUGUGAACAACUCCCAUUGGACUAUGGAAUACCCCCAAAAUGUCUCUUUUUGCUUUUUUUAGGGUGAUACAAACUCUUUAUCCAUGAUGUAUUCUUUAAAAAUCUGUAGUACAUGCCCUCCUAUAGAAAGAACACAUGAUCUACUGAUAUAGCUCUUCCCCGAUAUCAGUCUCCUGUGUGGUUGCUUUUCUGAAUCGUAGGAUCAGCCGUGGUGAAUCCUGUAGGUUUGCACUAAGAGCUGCAGCCAUAUACUCUGUAGAUGCAGGGGUAGGUGAUACUGACUUCAAAGACAGUUCUACUGCCAGUGAUGAACUUCAUCAUUCCAUGCACAAAGAAUGUCGCUAUCUGAUUCGUAAAAUAUUAAUCAUGCGAUAAAUUGUAGGUUUACCCAUCAGAUGUUAGUUCGGCAUAUCGCUUGGUCUAUAGAUUCACCAAUGGUUAAAUUAUCUGGAGUAUUCCCAAAACAAAAUUCUGCUGGAUUGUUUAUUUUCUAUCAGAAAGGCUUCUAUAUCCAAUCAACUUGGAUUGAUUCAUAUGGACCCAUCAAAUCAGUUAGGUCAGCUAGUUACCUUCACUGUCUCACUAUUCAGUAAUGUUAAGGAUUUGGUGCCAAAAGUAAGACACUCAAACAAGACACCUUUUGCAAAUGCACUGAAACCAUCUUUUAUAGCAGUUUAUAGAUCUUAAGACAUUCACUCUAUCAUUAAAUACAUCUAAUGUAAUUUAUUGGUAGUGAUUUUGUUUUGGGUCUUAAGGGAUGAGCAUUACAUAAGUGAUAACAAUUCCCCAGUCUUCAAUAGCACAGAGCACUGGAUGUUGUAACAAAUCAAGGUUUUGAAUCUGUUCCUUAAGGACAGGAGUAGCUUGAUUAGUCAAACAUCAAUCACAUUCACCUUUUUCUUCCACUUUGUCAAAUUCAUGGAGUAUAGUGAGUGAUUGUGUAAGCGACCGGCCUUGUAUUACAGAAGGUGCGCGUAAUAAACAUUAAAAAAAAAAUUAUACGCUCAAAAAUUCGCAACAUCCUUCCAAAGGGAACUUGAAAAAUAGCCAAAAACACAUUUUCAGUCUUUAUAUUCUCAAAAUAAUAAAAAAAUUGCAAAAAUAGCUAAUCAGUGAUUUUGUCGUAUUCUCAACUUUUCCCAUGGAAAACACACGUUCAGUAUACGAUACCAUUUUCAAGUGACCAAUAUAUUUCACAUGUGAAGAGGGGUCCGAUUAGAAGCUGAUAUCGUAAAGAAAAACGAUUUCAGCAAAAUAUUUACAUAUCUAUAUUUUGUAGGUAUUUGUGAGUAUAUGGUGAAGUUUGGUGAAUUUUAUGAGAAUAUUGUGUUUGAUAUGAUUGAAUUCAUGAAAAGUGUUUGGUAAUACGAUCCACUACCAUACUAGUUCAUCAUCAACCAUCCAAACUCUCCUAUUUGAAGAUCAGCUCGAUGAGGUGGAAAGCAAAGAAAUCGUUUCGUUAAAUUUGUUAAUGCUUUUGUAUUUUAACUUCAAUGUUACAAUAUUUACUUCAUACAGAGUUAUACUAUCUGUAUUGGUGGAUGCGUCAUGGUCUAGUGGUUCUGACUCUCGCCUUUCAAACACGGGGUCGUGGGUUCGAAUCCUAGCCAUGGCAUGUUUUUCUUCAGCAAGAAAUUUAUCCACACUGCUGCAUUUAACCAAAGUUAGGUAAAUGGGUACCCGGUAGUAAGAAAUUCCUUGAAUGCUCGAGCACCCAAUCAAGGUAGCCGUGCUGAAGCUGGGGUAAUAAUAAUAUUGCCAUGUUAAGCAGGGCCCGCUGGGAGAACAGUUUGCGGAACUGAAGUGGCUACCCUGGGUAAAAUAUGACGUUAUUAAUAUUAUUUGCUGAUGAGAUGGAUGCGUUUUUUUUUUAUUUAUAGAGUGUAUGAAUAAAAUACUUUGGCAUAAUGAA